GCAAAGUAAUUUCUGUUGUUUCGGUCGGUUUGGCAGGUCAAGGAAAUAUGGAUAAACCUGCAAAAAGUAAAAUACUGUGCAGCUACAACAAACAAUUGGAUGCAACAAAGACGUGGGUUAAGCCCGUCAGUGGUGACUCGAUGAAAGCGUUCUGUACUUUAUGCCGUCGGGAAUUCUCAAUUGGCCAUGGAGGGGAGAAUGACUUAACUCAGCAUGCAUCCAUGGAAAUGCACAAGAAGGCCAUGCUAGCUAAAGGUGCUAGCAAUAUCGGUGCAUUAUUCGUAACUGUGCGGGAUAUUUUGGAUGAUAUGUACCGUCCGAAGGUGAGCCCGUGUAUUCCUUAGUUGCCAGUGAUGCCUCAAACAAGGGAAAUAGACAAAUGUUUCCAGUGCGUGUGAUAUUUAUGUGUCGAAUGGAAUGGAAUGGAGUGCAGUGCAAGUUGUGAUGAAACUACAAUUGUCAUACAUCAAGCUCUGAACUGUCUGGAAAAGCAUGAGCUGGAUAUUAGACACAUCACAGCCUAUGCAGCAGAUUAUGCCAAUGUCAACUUUGGAAAACACCACUCCGUUUACCAGUUAUUGAGCAGCGCCAACAAUCCCAUUCUGAAAGCUCACAUAGCUAAUAAUGCCUGCAAGCACGCCUGCUGUCAGUGGACAGCAUUGAGACAAUUGUUUUAAAGCUCUACAUGCGCUUCUCAGUAUAUGCUUCCCGAAGAGAGGAACUGGGUGCAUUUUUUUGCCAUUGUUGACAUUGAGUGGCGUAAAAUUCUGCGACAUGUUUGUACACGAUUGGCCCUCGCUUCAUCCAGCUGUAGAUCGUAUCCUGCAAAGCUGGCCAGCUCUUACUUCAUACUUCAGGUCCCUUGGGGAGACCUGCCCUGUGGCACUGAAGAGUAUCAUUACAUACAUUGACAAGUGGUUUGAUUUGUCACCAGAAAAUGUCAUGGUGAAACUGAAACCGAUUGGCCUCUAUGAGGAGCUCUCCUUCACUGACCUGGAGCAGGUGGUGGUUGCCCUCAAAAUGACAGAGACAGUCAGUAUGGACCAACUCUAUGAAGAGUUUUGUGCUAGCCGGGAGGAAAUGCAGAAAGCCAGACAGGAUACCACAAAAUCCACCAGUGAGAAGUGGGUGGCAGUUUUUCAAAACCUAGAGAAAUCCAACUUGAUCAACAUGUUCAGGAUUAGUCUCAUAUGGUCUGUGUGCUAGGCUCAAAUGCCUUUUGUAGAGAGGAUUUUCUCUCUGGUGUCCAUUUAAAUGGUCAGACUCAAGAAACCGAUGCAGCACAGAGCUGAUCACAAAUUAACUUCAAAUAUCUGUGAACUGUGACUUGUCGUGUAAGGACUUCUCUCUGGCUAUGCAAAAGGACAAAGGACUGCUUGAAUCAGUCAAGAGCAGCAAAAAAUAUUAAUGGAAAAAGUAGACUUGGCACUUGGCUCUUCUGAUAAUCUCCUUGUCUUUGAACCUGAGCAGUUUCACCACUAUACUGUAGAGGCUGUCCAACUGGGAAGAAAGUGCCAUUCAUAUGUGCGCUCUCGAUGAGUUUAAGGUAGUCUCCUUUGGAAGAGUGCUUGUCAAGUGUUGUUUGGAAUAUUGCGAAAUCCCCAACAUGGUUUUGAAUGCGGUCUGGCUGGAGACAUUCUCCUCCUUUAUCUUCUCCACCUCUGACUGCAGCCACUGUUAAAUCAAAGUGUGGGACACUGAACUAUGCAGCAUGUAUGUCUCCAAAAGGAUCUCCAAUGCCUAUUUUGUCUGUGAAAGAAGGCCCACUUUGACCUCUGCCACAGAGACAUGCCCACACAACUUUGCCGAAAUGCUGCCCACGGAAAUGAGCUUGAAGAUAUUUAGUGAACUGGACAUUGACAGCUUAUGUAGUGCAUUGUUGACCUGCAAACUGUGGCACCGCAUCAUUGAAGACAGCGACCACCUCUGGAGGAAUCAUUGCCUGACUGUGCGAGCUUUCUGUCAACAGGAGAUUGAUGGGGACAGACAGUAUGGACUGUCAUGGAAGGUCACCCUGGUGCGGAACUACAGGAGAGGUUUUCUGAAGAGCGAAUGGUUAAGGGGACGAUACAGCAACAUUCAUUCUGCCGAUGAACUACUGGACAGGAACAUGUGCUCAUUGGAUGUCGAGACUUGGGGCGAGAUUCUGGAAGCAGAGCUGGAGAGAUAGAUGCAAAUCCCAUAAAGAGCUAUGAAUGAACCUUUUAGAUUUUCUUUUAUAAUUAUGUCUUAAGCACUUAUUGAUUUGUUUUAUACCUUUUCUACAGUUUUAUGUGAUUAUGGUUAAUCAUCACAAACUUGUAUUUCGUUUUUUGUUAUACAUUAAUAUAUGGUAGGCUAUAUUCCAGGAAAAUAACGAUACCCUUUAAUGAAUUCCUAAAUCAGUGAUACAAUUGGGCCUU